AUGGAAAUAAUCCAACACUCUGAUGGUUCCUAUGUCGGAACACUCUUGACUGUCUCCUCCUACCUCUCCCCUAUACGAGAUGCAUUAGCGUCAGCAGGAAAAGUAUGGUAUGACGGUUACCAUGUCUACGCGGAUAUAGAUGACUCUGAGGUACAAGGCAACCUUCCAGGUCCAAGACGAGCUUCCAAUUCCAGUAGUUCUGAUGAUGAUUAUGAAGUGGUGGGCCAAGCCAUCAUUGCCCUUCAUCCCCAACCAGGGAACCAACAACCAGCAAGUGUGACAUCGGCAACACCAUCCUACCUGACUGCUACAGAGGACAAAACCAGUCCUCAACCCUCAUCUAGCAAGAAGCCAGAUACUCCGGGUGCAACAUCAACAACACCAUACUACCUGACUGCUACAGAAGCCAAAACCAGUCCUCAACCCUCAUCUAGCAAGAAGCCAGAUACUCCGGGUGCAACAUCAGCGACACCAUACUACCUGACUGCUACAGAAGACAAAACAAGUUCUCAACUCUCAUCUAGCAUGACGCCAGAUACUCCGGGUGCAACAUCAGCAACACCAUACUACCUGACCGCUACAGAAGACAAAACAAGUCCUCAAAACUCAUCUAGCCAGACCCCAGAUAGUGCGAGUGCAACAUCAGCAACACCAUACUACCUGACUGCUACAGAAGCCAAAACCAGUCCUCAACCCUCAUCUAGCAAGAAGCCAGAUACUCCGGGUGCAACAUCAGCAACACCAUACUACCUGACUGCUACAGAAGACAAAACCAGUCCUCAACUCUCAUCUAGCAUGACGCCAGAUACUGCGAGUGCAACAUCAGCAACACCAUACUACCUGACCGCUACAGAAGACAAAACAAGUCCUCAAAACUCAUCUAGCAAGACCCCAGAUAGUGCGAGUGCAGCGUCAGCAACACCAUACUAUUUGACUGCUACAUCAUCUAGUGAGAAGCCAUAUACUGCGAGUGCAACUUCAACAACACCACAUCACCUUACUGAUACAGGAGAUGAAUGCAGUCCCCAACCAUCACUUGCUGAGGAGCGGACGGCAUCGUCAACGCCACACUACCUGGCUGAUGCAGGAGACGAAUCCAGUCCCCAUCCAUCCUCUUAUGAGAAGCCAGAUACUCCGACGGGAACGUCAGCAGGACCAUACUACCUGACUGAUACAGAAGACGAAUAG